CAGGCGAGGGAUGUAAUGUACUGGGAAGGGGGAAGGAAAUUACUCUGAAUGAUGAUAUAGUUCAAGAAGAUAUGCUGACAAAAUAAGGCACUAGCGAAACCAGCAUUCUUAUAAUGAAAGUAGGGUUUCUCAGAAUCUGUUGGUCUGUGGCACUGAGCCCUAUAAAGCUCGUAACCACCGUGCCCUCGCGUCUCUAACGCCAGAUGUGAGCAGUGCCUCUUUCGCGCUACAGCAGCCUUACUUUCGGAUUGGUCAGUAACCAAGCGCUUGGUUCUUCAAAGCACUGAGAGAGUUACUGCCGAGAAACCUAGCGACUCUCACCAUCAAAGACCGCGAACAGCCUAUUUCAAGGGGCGUGGAUAAGAGCUGAGUGAGUGGAAUGGCCGGGACUGUCGUUGUUUUGAGUCAAACUCACUGUGCUGGGCCCCACAGCCUGGUACUGUGUGGGUGCUAACAGAGAGGAACAAAUCAUGUGGACCACGUCUGCUAUGACAGUCAACAUGUCUGAGGCUGAGCCAGACCACAUUAACUGCACCAUCAGCCAUGAGAUCCACCAGUACCUGUUCUCUGUGGCCUACAUCCUGGUUCUUUUGAUUGGCGUUCCCACCAACGCCUACUCCCUCUACCAUGCCUGGCUUCAGCUGAGAGACAAGAACGAGCUGGGGAUCUACCUGCUCAACCUGACCGUGUCAGACCUCCUCUACCUGGCCUCUCUGCCUCUCUGGCUGCAGUACAUCUUCCAGGGAGAUGACUGGAGACAAACUGAGUGGCUUUGCCAGCUGUGUGGCUUCCUGCUCUAUGAAAACAUUUAUGUUAGUAUCGGAUUCUUAUGUUGUAUCUCUAUAGACCGUUACCUGGCCGUAGUGUACCCAUUCCGCUUCACAGCUUUUCGAAGCAUGCGGGCAGCCACGUUGGCCAGCGCCUUCAUCUGGCUGAAAGAGAUUGCUGUGGGUGUUGUCUUUUUCAGACACAAGGAGCUAAGCAGGGACAGCACCAACCAAUCGGUGUGCUUUGAGCACUACCCCAUGCAGCCGUGGGAGUACCCAAUCAACUACUACCGUUUCGCUGUUGGCUUCCUGUUCCCACUAGGCAUCCUGUCCGUGUCGUAUCUCCGCGUCCUGCGGGCGGUCGGAAAAAGCGUAGGCACGCAAAGCACCCAGAAAACGCGCAUCAAGAACCUGGUGACCAGCACCAUUGUCAUUUUCCUGGUGUGUUUCUCUCCAUACCACGUGUUCCUGCUGGUGCGUACCAUCUUAGAAAGAGACUGCCCCUUCAUAAUCAACAUCUUCAACUACUACCACGUCUCCCUGCUGCUCACCAGCUUCAACUGCGUGGCCGACCCAGCGCUGUACUGUUUCGUCAGUGAGAGGGCCCAGCAGGGGAUCCAACAAGCCCAGGAGGCCUGUAGGCAGGCCCUCUGCUGCUGCUGCCACAGGGGACAGCACAGCCCCGUCACAGCCACAGGUACAGACUCCGAGGUGGCCACCUCCAACGAGAACAGAAAAGUCUCAGUCACACUGCUGACGUCUAGUAGUAAUAUUAAUAAUACAUGGGUUUUAUGAAGCUCUUUUGAAGGACCUAAAGACACUUGAAUAGUAGACUAGGAGCUAGGGUUGUAUUUGGAUGAGAGAGAAGGUCGGGGAACAUUGGACAAUGAUAUGAUUAUGGGCAGCCCCAUGAGCAGUAACAUGUGAAGUUCAUCGGAGCCCAUCAAAUUUGCUGUCAAAUGAAAGCUAAGAGUCUAUAUUUUUGAGAAAUUAACUUAUAUAUACAUUUUUCAACCAUUUCCAAUGCAAAACAUGUGGAAUAAGCAAAGGCUUUGAUUUCUGUUCAACCAGAUAGAAAAGGGGUCUUAUAAAACAUCUACCAGAAAAAGUCUUAAAGGUAUUAGAAAUACAUCAAAACCCAGUAAUGUUGAAGUAAAGACCCUUCCAAGUAAUAUCUAUAUAUUUAUAUUUAGUUUUGCAGAAAUGUUUUGGCAUCUGUAAGUUUAAGGAAUAUUGCCUAGUGUCUUGUCAUUCUCUUACCAGAAACAUAUCUUUAAGAUAUCUUCUAAUUUCUCUCCCUCAUGAGGAGGGAGGAUAAUGAAAGUUCACAUAAGUAGCAAUUAAAGGUAGACCUACCGAUUUGAGUGUUUUUACUGAUAACAAUUUGGUUUAUGAUUUAUUAAGUGAUUUAAAACGUGUCAUUUUGUUACCAAAUUGGUAACAGUUGAAAUCCCUUCUCCUGGUUCUCAUUGUCACCUAGCCAUGACUCUCAUGAGCCCUCUCUAUUUCCAUUUACUGUAACCAGCCCUCUCACCCACCGAGCACCGACGGACACCGCACGUCCAUGGACGUGGAAAAGUAGUUUACAUUUUGUCAGUCCAAAUCUAAACCAAUCAUAGAUGUCUGUUUCUACUGUACUGUACUGACCUUUACUAUGCUGAACUAUACUGUGCUGUACUGACAUGUACUUUUCUGAACUAUACUGUACUGUAUUGACCUUUACUGUACUCUGCUCUAUUGUGCUUCAUUUUGGUGCUGUACUUUGUUGUGAAACCAUGACGUCUAUGAUUGGUACAGAUUUGGUCCGAACCGGACCAACCAAAUUUAAUAGCCAUUGUGUAGAAUAAUGCAUUACAUUUGUUCUACCUUUGUGUACCUUUUCAGGAUACAUCACAAUGAGGAGAAGGACAUUUAUAAUUAUGCACUUCUGUAUAGUACAGAUCAUGGUCUCAUGAUGUGACCAUCUGUUUCCGGGUGUUAAUCCACUUCACUUACUGUAUGUAGUUCAAUAAACAAAGUAGAUUUUUCUUUUCAAACUCAAGUUGUCAAAUCAUAGCCGACACCGAUUCUUUCUGCAAACAUCUUUGAAUGUUAAUUUGGAGUAAAAACGUGGUCCAAAAAAAACGAGGGAGAUUAUAUUGGCAUUCUGUUACCAAACUUUACAUCUGCACUGUUCUUCGAGUCAAUGUUUUUGUCAAAUAUUCAGUGGAAAUUGUUAAAAGUAGUCCUUGUGCAUAGAGCUGUAUGCUUUGUUGAACUUUGCAAUCAAUGGUUUUUGUCUGGCAUACAGUCUGUGUCAUUCUGUUACAGUGGCCUUGGACAUAUGACAUAGUAAAAGUGUUAUAAUUAAGGUAGUAACAUAUGAAUAUGAUGCUUUUUGUUUUUAAAAAGAAUGUUUUAUACUUUCUUUAACACGUGCAGAACACUUGCACAGGUGAUGCUGCCUUGUGUAUAAGCCUGAGUUGAAAACUAUCUUCAAUACCAAGUUCUUUCUGCAACAUUGUCAGGUUUUAAUCUUUCAUCACAUUAUGUAAUAUUCAUUGUGUGUUUUUGGUUUUGAGAGUGACUCUGAAUUCAUUCGACAUAUCAGCACAGAUUCGACAUAUCAACACAGAUACGACAUAUCAACACAGAUUCGACAUAUCAACACAGAUACGACAUAUCAGCACAGAUACGACAUAUCAACACAGAUUCGACAUAUCAGCACAGAUACGACAUAUCAGCACAGAUACGACAUAUCAACACAGAUACGACAUAUCAACACAGAUACGACAUAUCAACACAGAUACGACAUAUCAGCACAGAUACGACAUAUCAACACAGAUUCGACAUAUCAACACAGAUACGACAUAUCAGCACAGAUACGACAUAUCAACACAGAUUCGACAUAUCAACACAGAUACGACAUAUCAGCACAGAUACGACAUAUCAACACAGAUUCGACAUAUCAGCACAGAUACGACAUAUCAGCACAGAUACGACAUAACAGAUACGACAUAUCAACACAGAUACGACAUAUCAACACAGAUACGACAUAUCAACACAGAUACGACAUAUCAGCACAGAUACGACAUAUCAGCACAGAUACGACAUAUCAACACAGAUACGACAUAUCAACACAGAUACGACAUAUCAACAUAGCCUCUUGACCAAACUUAUCUCUAUUUCCUGUUUGUUUCUUUUUUAAGUACACUGAACAAAAAUAUAUAAAGUGUUGGUUUCAUGAGCUGAAAUAAAAUAUCCCAGAAAUGUUUCAUACACACAAUAGCUUAUUUCUCUUAAAUGUUGUGCACACAUUUGUUUACAUCCCUGUUGGUGAGCAGUUCUCCUUUGCCAAGAUAAUAAUCCACCUGGCAGGUGUGGCAUAACAAGAAGCUGAUUAAACAGCAUGAUCAUUACACCUUGUGCUGGGGACAAUAAAAAGUCACUCUAAAAUGUGCAGUUUUGUCACACAACCCAAUGCCACAGAUGUCUCAAGUUUUGAGGGAGCGUGCAAUUGGCAUGCUGACUGCAGGAAUGUCAACCAGAGCUGUCAUUUUAGAGAAUUUGGCAGUACUUCCAACCGGCCUCACAACUGCAGACCACGUGUAACCACGCCAGUCCAGGAUCUCCAGUACCGGCUUCUUCACCUGCGGUGUUGUCUGAGACCAGCCACUCGGACAGUUGAUGAAACUGUGGCUUUGCACAACCAAAGAAUUUCUGCACAAACUGUCAGAAACCAUCUCAGGGCAGCUCAUUUGUGUGCUCUGCGUCCUCACCAGGGUAUUGACCUGACUGCAGUUCUGCGUCGUAAUCGACUUCACUAACACGCUGGAGAAGUUUGCUCUUCACGGAUGACUCCCAGUUUCAACUGUACCGGGCACAUGGCAGACAGCGUUUAUGGCGUUGUAUGGGUGAACGGUUUGCUGAUGUCAACGUUGUGAACAGAGUUCCCCAUGGUGGCAGUGGGGUUAUGAUCUGGGCAGGCAUAAGCUACGAGCAACGAACACAAUUGUAUUUUAUCGAUGGCAACUUAAAUGCACAGAGAUACCGUGACGAGAUCCUGAGGCCCAUUGUCGUGCCAUUCAUCCACUGCCAUCACCUCAUGUUUCAGCAUGGCAAUGCACGGCCCCAUGUCGCAAGGAUCUAUACUUACAAUUCCUAUACAAUUCCUGGAGUUGUGAAAAUGUCCCAGUCCUUCCAUGGCCUGCAUACUCACCACAAGUCACCGAUUUGAGCAUGUUUGGGAUGCUCUGGGUCGACGUGUACGACAGUUUUUCUGAUCCACACCCCUACCUUGUUCUCUUUAAGGUAUUUGUGACCAACACAUGCGUAUCUGUAUUCCCAGUCAUUUAAAGAUUAGGGCCAAUUUAAUUUAUUUCAAUUGACUGAAUUCCUUAUAUAUAAUGUAACUCAGUAAAAUGUUUGAAAUUGUUGCAUGUUUAGUUUAUGUUCAAUGUACAAGUAGUUAUUAUCUUAAUAGGUCCUCUGGUAUUCUUGCUGCUCAAUAUAUGUGAAUUGCUUCCAGUUUCAGGGGAAUGUAAGGAUUCCUCAGCUCAGAUUCAUAACUGAAGGUGUGUGGAGAGAAUAGACAUACUGUAUAUACAUACAUCAUUGGUUGAGAGCCUUCAGGGAAGCAUCAGCACCGGGUCAAGCUCAGUAGUAACCCAGAGGUCUUGACUUACUUGACUUCUGUGUUUAGCAUAAGUUGUUAACAGUGUUCUCUACUGCACUCUCUUUCCCAGGGGUUUGCCCUGCCCAUCUUAAGGAUGUCUUAGUUGGAACUGGCCCCAUGAUGCCCCCAUCCCUUUUCCCGUUCCCAUGUCUUCCCAGGCCAUGUCCUGGCCACACAGCCUGAGUAUUUCCAGAUUAAACGACCCACAUGGGAACUAACGUAUCUGACCUUUCACACUCUGCACAGAUUAUUUUCUGCUGCAUGUUUUCCCUCCUUACAUUAGGAGUUUGGUUUUAAAGUACCACAUCUCCCCAGAACAGAGAGAGAGAGAGAGCGAGAAAUAGGCUUUUCUAUUGUGAAUUAUGCAGUUGUAAAUCAAUGAAAGAUGGACUGGUUGUUCUAAGCGGUCAAACAUUGAGACAUUCAGAGUUCAUAAAUCAAAGUAUUUCAAAGCAGAACAAGAACCCAGGGGUCAACCAAUUCACACCGAAGGAGCCAGUGUAACAAUACUGUUGACUCUUUAUAUAACAUUUCACAGGGACUCUAAUGGGAUCAAAUGUCAUUUGUUUAAAUGUUUUAUGUUUAACCACAUCAUGAAAAUAUGAACAUAAAUCUGUAGAGCAAGUACUGUAACCAUUUCAUUGGUUUAAUGUUAUUUUCUCUUGCUGUUUGGGAGAUUUGCUUUGUGACCAUGCAGUCAUGCCUGACGUUAGCAGUGACACACUGUACUCAGUGAUGCAUGAAAUGCCUUCUCGCUGCGUGUUUUUCUUCUUCUGCUGAAGUUAUGACCUCUUGCUGUUUCCUUUCAUAUCAGUUUGGUCUAAUCGGAAAUGUUUUCUUCACAUCUGUCUCAUAUAUCCGGCAAUACCUCUGGUAAACCGGCACAUAGUGGUUAGCUCGACAAGGUGAAGGAAGUAGAGACGCUGUUGCACCCUCUUGCCAAGGGUGGUGAUGGUGUUGGUUCAUGACAAUGUGGACACCGAGGAACUCUCUGAAAAAGUCCCAUUGAUGUGGAUCGGGGCAUGUUCCCUCCAAUGCUUCCUGAAGUCAACAAUCAACUCCUUUGUUUUCUGACGAUGAGGGAGAGGUUGUUGUCAUGAUGCCACAAUGCCAGUUCACUUACCUCCUCACUAUAGGCUGACUUGUCGUGGUUGGUUAUCAGGCUUACAAUCGUGGUGUCGUCAGCAAACUUGAUGGAGUUUGGGGUGAACGGGGAGUACUGAUGACACACCACUGCGUUGAGUCAGUGUGGAGGAGGUGUUGUUGCCAAUCCUCACAGCUUGCAGUCUGCCUGUCAGGAAGUCCAGGAUCCAGUUGCAGAGGGUGUCCAGACUCAGGGCUCUGAGCUUGGAGGGAACAAUAGUGUUGAUUGCUGAACUGCAGUCAAUGAACAGCAUUCUCACAUAGGUGUUCCUCGUGUCCAGAUGUGUUAUGGCUGUGUGAAUAGUGAUAGAAAUGGCAUCUUCAGUGGAUCUGUUGUGGCUGUAGGCAAAUUGGAGUGGGUCCAGUGUGCCUGGCAUGCGGGCCUUGAUAUGGGCCAUGACCAGCCUCCCGAAGCACUUCAGGAUCACAUAGGUGAGCACGAUAGGAGAAUAGUCAUUUUCGCAUGUCACGUAGUUAUUUUUGGGCACUGGGACGAUGGGGGUCUCCUUAAAGCAUGUAGGGACUACAGCCUGGGACAGGAACAGGUAAAAGAUUUCAGAGAAGAUGCCCGCUAGCUGGUCAGCACACACUCUGAGGACACAGCCUAGGAGACCAUCUGGGCCGGCUGCUUUGUGAGUGUUUACUCUAUUGAGAGUUUUCCUCACGUCAGGCUCAGAGAGCAAAAGCACCUGGUGGGCGAUAGGUUCAGUACGCAUCACUGUAUUUUGUAUCAGAACGUAGGCUUGCACUCUUUGAAGUAUGGUAGAUUGAUGCAUUGCACUCUUUGUUUAUAAAUCCCUCCUGCAUAAGCUUCCACCGUCCCUUACUUCAUUGUUAACAGAUGUACGAGAUGCCAGACCCUGUCUCAUGGAUGGUUAACUCUGGAGAUCCCUUCAGUUGGGUUGUUCUCCUUUUAGUUUUUAUGGAAGAACUUAAGUAUUUUUUACCUAAGUUCUACUUGACUUGUUUUUGGGGAUAUCUGUACUUUACUAUUUAUAUUUUUAACAACUUUUACUUUUACUCCACUAUAUUCCUAAAGAAAAUGUACAAUAGGUGUACUGAACAAAUUUGACUCAAAGACCGAUAAGGGCCAUCAGAAUAGAUUGUCUUCCAACAUUUUGGAAAACCAUAUAAUACCAAAUUCAGUGUGUAGGCCCAUGCUACAUAUCUUAACUUAGUUUGAGAAAAGCUAAAGGAUUUGUUAAGAGAUGGCUGAGUUAGUGAUAAAGCAGGAAAUCAGAUGUUAUGUGUCCAUUUAAAUCCUUUGUGAAUCCACUUCACAAUGGCAUAACAGCUUGAAACUGUUUAGGGAUACCGAAGACAUUAAGUUUGUGUUGACAUCUUAAAAAAUAAGGAAACUAUUAACAGUUGACUUUUGACGAUGUAACGCUAAUACUUCAAAUAAUCAUAUCAUCUUGUCAUGGUCUAAAAGUCUGAUUCACUCUGAAAUUGAAUCUUUGUCAAUAGUCCCUAAAGAGUUUGAGAAAAUAACAUUGAUGCAUUCAAAGAUGCUAAAAAUACUAAAGAAAUCUUCUUCUCAUGAACCAUAGGACCAAAUGACACCACAUUUGGAAUGUAGGCCUAUCGUAUGUCUUAACUUAGCUAAGGAAUUGGUCAGAUUUUACGUGUCCAUUUUAAACCACUGUAAAUCCACUCUGAUCUUGUCCUUUCUGUCAUCCUGUGAACCCCAUUCAUUGCUGCUUCCAGCUAUAUUUUAUGACUGUGUUUUGCUUUUCAUGUAUUGUUGUGUAUUAUAACAUGCAUUUUAAUGUGUGUGUGGAUGUGUUGUUUAUAUGUUGUAUUUUGAUGUGUAUUGUUGUGCUAAACAGGACUCAUCUGGAAAAGAGUCCUUGGUCUCAGCAUUGACUCCUUGUCAAAAUAAAGUGGGAAAACAUUUGU